AUGAUUGGUGCUGAAGUCGAGUCCCAUUGCUUCGCUGGGUUCUCUGAGUUGUUGACUGUCGAGGGGUUUUGUAGUCGACGUCUAAAUUCUUCUUCUCCACUUCAUUGCCACUUCAAUGUGUUUGGUCCGGGAGUGGUUAAUUGGGUUGCGUGGCAGUUUGAUGCAUGCCUGAUUGUCCUCAAACACUUGAACUGGAGUCGUGACCGAAUAAAGGAGUUGUUCCAUGAUCGACAUGAUUCACAAGCCUUCCCUGAUUGUGGAGUCAAGGGCGAUGUAUUCUGCUUUGGUGGAGGAAAGUGUGACGACCAAUUGUCUCUUCGAAUGCCAACAGAUGGGGCUUCCUCCCACGAUUCAUAUGUAUCCGCUUGUCAACUUUUGGUCCCCAAGUUAUUCACCAGUUGGAGUUUGACAAGCUUUCUCCUUGGUGUUACCAUUGGCCAAGAAUUCAUUGGUGCAGACCCAGCGACUCUUGAUGGGUUUUCUCCCGCUAAAGGAUUUCUUUCUGGGUCGUCGUCAUGUUGUGGGGCAACCGGAGGAGGUGGAGCAGCGUUAUGUCUCCUGAUUCUAUCUUUGGGAGCUGCUGGCGGAUCAUCCUGUUCUGGUGCAGGAGCAGAGGUAUCUCUUGUUCUUGGGCGUCGCCCUCCCCGUCCUCUGGACCAUGUUCCUGUCAUCUUCCCUCCUUGCCGGAUCCAACAGGGACUUGGCAAUGAUAUCUUCUUUCAGGAACUUCUAGUCUGGACUGAUUUGUUUAUUGUUCCACCGUACAUUCUCCCAAAUUGUGGUGCGGCACAACUCUAUCACUUUCCAGUUACGGGGGUCGUAGAAGAUCCAGUUCUUGCUUCCCUGCUCCUGGUUGUACCCGACAAACACAUCCUUUCUAGCUCUGGGGCUGAAAGCUCCUUGUCUUUCAUGCUUAUUAAGAUGUACGAAGGCUACGGACCCAAAGCUUCACAAGUGUGCGACAUCAGGGAUCUUGGAGUAGAAGCGUUGUAUUUCUACGUGGUGAUAUCCGCUGUAGUAAUCGAUCAUCACCAAGAUGUGCAGUCCAUUACCGAUUGA